UUUACGCAACGUUCGCCGUCUGCCCGUGGUGAUACGUGUUACGGUGAUACCUUGAAAUUCGAAUUUUCUGUCAAUCGUAUAUAAUAACCAUGCACAUAUCACCACUACAUUCAGAGUUCGAAAACACCAUUUGUGAUGUUCCGUUAUUCUUCGAUAGUUGGCUAAUCUGACCGUCCAUUUUUGGUAAAUUAGUCUCCUCUCUUCGCUGGAGAAAAUCGCGCGUCAAGUUGUUUACGAUAAUAAGUAUUACGAGAAAUCGAAAAUAAUAUUACAAAAGAAUUAACAGUGAAAAUCAAUCAGAUUAAUAAAUAAAAAUGCCGUACGCUAAUCAACCAUCCGUGCACAUAACGGAUUUGACCGAGGAGAACGUCAAAUUUCAAGUUGAGGAUACAGAAUUGAGCGUUGCAAAUAGUAUGAGACGUGUCUUUAUUGCUGAAACGCCGACAAUGGCGAUUGACUGGAUUCAAUUAGAAGCGAAUUCCACAGUUUUGAGCGACGAGUUUCUUGCUCACAGGAUUGGUAUGAUUCCAUUGAUCAGCGAUGAAGUUGUUGAAAGGAUCCAAUAUACGAGAGACUGUAGUUGUCCAGAUUUUUGUCCAGAAUGCAGUGUGGAAUUCACCUUGGAUGUUAAAUGUACUGAAGAUCAAACAAGACACGUAACAACAGCUGAUCUGAAAUCUAGCGAUCCACGAGUCUUGCCUGUCACAUCACGACACAGAGAAGACGACGCCAGUGAUUACGGAGAGACAGAUGAAAUAUUGAUAGUCAAAUUACGAAAAGGCCAAGAACUUAAACUUCGAGCAUAUGCUAAAAAGGGAUUUGGGAAAGAGCACGCUAAAUGGAAUCCAACUGCUGGAGUUUGUUUCGAGUACGAUCCUGAUAACUCCAUGCGUCACACACUCUUCCCAAAGCCUGAUGAGUGGCCCAAGUCUGAGUACACGGAACUCGAGGAGGAUCAAUAUGAAGCACCGUUCAAUUGGGAAGCAAAGCCAAACAAAUAUUAUUUCAAUGUUGAAAGCAGCGGAGCUCUCAAACCUGAAAAUAUUGUGAUGAUGGGAAUAGCUGCUUUGAAAAACAAAUUGUCUAAUUUGCAAACUCAACUUAGCCACGAAGUGCAGAGUGAUGCACUAAGUAUUCAUCACUGAACAAUAUUUUUGUAUUUUCAUUCUCAACACUCGUGUAUAUUUUCUCUAAUGGAUAAAUUAAAUAUCUCUGGUACAAAUUUAGCCUGAAGCAUAA